AUGGUAUCAAAAAAUAAUGAACUUAAAAGGGCAAGGGCUACUAAUUUUUCAUUCACCGAAAAAGAAUUAUUACUGAAAUAUGCUGUAGAGAAUCAAAAUAUUUUAGAAAAUAAGGAAUCAAACGCUGUGUCUUGGAAAGAUAAGAACAAAUGCUGGCUUAAAAUUGCUGAGCAGUAUAAUUCAGCUACAUUAGGAUGUCCAAGAGAUGCUACAAGUUUAAAACUAAAAUACGAAGGUAUAAAAAAGUUGUUGAGAGGUUCAAAAAGUGAACUAUUUAAAACUGGUGGUGGUCCCAGUAAAACUGACUAUACAAGUACAAGUGAAUUGGAGAAACAGUUGUAUGAAAGUAUUCAGCUUUCAGUUGAAGGGUUACCUAGCCUCUUAGAUGCUGAUUGUAGAAAAUCCCAAGAAAAUCUCCAGAAGUGA